AUGAUCGACCGCUCCCAGAUUCCCAUGCUCUAUCCCGCCCCGAUGCAGCUUGAAGUCGUGCCAGGCUUCGCUGUCGGGAUCCAGGUGACCUUGGUCCUCAAGGAGACAUUUGACAACUUUUCAAUCCGCGACCUCGACGACCAGCCCGUUCUCAAUGUCAAGAGCCGCUUCGGCCUGGCUCGACGAAAGGACUUCGUUGACAACUAUGGCAACACGGUAUUCAGCUUGAAGGGCAAAAAGUACACGUUCACGGGCAUGGACUCGAACCAGCGCGAGGUCCUCUCCGUCCACAGCCCCGUUGUGAGCGCCGACACAAAGCUUGAUGCCACGGUGAUCAACACCCUCACCCACAGCCACGAGACGGUCACAAUUACUGGGAGAUGGCCCGGCGAUAUCGUCGAGAUCUUCUGGCAAGGCCACCUCAUUGCCUUGAUCAUGCGUCAGUUUACGAAGCGCGAUAUUGUGGGCCAGAACACGUAUAUUAUGACAGUCGCGCCGAAUGUCGACUUGUGCAUCAUGGCCGCGUUGUGUGUUUGCAUGGAUGAGCGACGCGAGGCGACCUAA